CGAGUGGGGGACGCCAUUGAGAUUGAAAUGGUGUCGGACGGUGGCGUCAAAUCGGAUGAUACCGACCUGAUUCGUGGAGUUGUGAUUGGAAUCACCAGAAGGGCCCUCGACACAACGGUCUUGUUGCGUGAUGUCGUUUUCGGUGAGCCUAUUGAGCGCCGGGUACCGUUGCACAGUCCGUUGCUCAGAUCUUUGAAAGUGUUGGAAGAGAACUUUAUUUACAAGGGAAAGCGCAAGGUGAAACGUGCCAAGCUCUACUUUCUGCGAGAUCGUAAU